UUGAUUUCUAUGUACAAUUCAAACACGGGCAGUUCAUGCGAAUUAGUAACACUGUGUAAAUAUGAAGAUAUACACCGCUUUGGGUAGACAUUGUGUCACUUUUUUACAUUGAGUGUAAAUGUAUCUCUGUGUGUAUAUUUUUAUCUGAGAUAUUCUAGAUUCUGAGUAGGAAUUUUUUUAAAUAGGCCUAUUACAGCAAAUUAUAGGCCCAAUAAUGAUUUUCAAAUGAUGAUUAUCAAUCUGUAAAUGUUACUUUAUUUUAAAUGUUAUUUUAAUUAAAGACCAAAUCCCACUACACAAGCUGGGUGUCAAGCCAUUCUAGCCUACACAGUAGCCCAUAUUCUUCCUUUAAAUGAUUAUUACGGCAAGUAUACGCAAAUUUACACAAAAAACCGUCUUCAUGGUUUUGAAUGGAAAUUUUAUUUUAAUAAUUAUUAAGUUUUUUUUGCUUGAAUUUUUAUGAUUUUUUGGGGGGGUACUGUAACAUGCAACCUGUCGCUGUGGUUAAUGAACUGAUCUAGCUAGUCGUUUUUUAAGUCCUCAUGGGUUUUUAAUAAAAGCAAAAGAGGGAUCGUAAGAUACGAGAUUUACCAUAAGGAAGGGGGGUCAAGGAAAUGCCCUACAUUAUUUAAAUUAAUCGGUGUAUAUUGAAGCCCAUCUAAACAGCUCUAACACCGCCCCUGGGGGAACCUAUAGUAAGUACUUGGUCUGUACUGCUUUUUAGUUAUUAAAACUGUCCUACAGUAAUCUGUGUCCGUCCAGUGCUCUUCUGCUCAGGCAGUUAUAGGUACACGCUUAAAAAGACGGAUCAAAGAAAAAACGUCAAAAUUCCUACACGAAACAUUUCCUUCCUUUCACCAAUUAUAUAAACACGAACGGGACAUUUUAAGGUUGGUUGAACUGAAUGACUGAAUGAAGAAUUAUUCUCUACGGAUGCGAACCGUGUGAAGCAUUAACUAUGUCCGUAAUUCGAGCAUUUGUUGCUUUUGUUUUCCUUUUGUACACAGACGGGAAAAUAGCCCAGCCCAUCUCGUGUGUUGGAAAUAGCUGCUAUACGUUAUUUAAAGAGAAAUUAGAUUUUGGGAUGUCGCUGAAAGCAUGCAAAAACGAUAAAGGAAACUUAAUGUCAAUUAAAUCUACUUUGGCCAAUGAAGCACUACGAGAUCUACUGCACGGAGUUACAGGGGACUUCUGGAUUGGUUUGCGGCUACCAGAGAAGAAAUGCAGCAACAUCUCGUCUACACUGCGUGGAUACGAGUGGAAAACAAGAGAUACGAGCACACAAUUCACCAACUGGAAGGGCAACAUCUCAGUCUGCUCCCUACAUUGCGUCUCUGUCUCCAGCGAUCUGAAAUGGACUGAGAGACCCUGUCAGGAUAAAGUGAAUGGAUUCAUAUGCGAGAACAGCUACGUCACAUGUGCAUCUGUACCCCAUCAGAGUACCAAAAUCUCGCCUACUUGCGUUGUGAAAAAUGCCGACUGCGAGCACCAGAAUAAGUCUGCGAAACUCCAAUCAACAUGCAUCUGUCCAAAUCCCACGAAUAAAACGACGUCUUUUCUGUGCCGGUGCAAAGAUGGCCAUAAAAUUGCUGCUGGUAAAUGUACGGACAUCGACGAAUGCCUUCAGUCUCCAUGCCAACAUAUGUGUUUAAAUACACCAGGCAGCUAUAUCUGCAAGUGUCGGGAUGGGUUUGUUCCAAAGAAGAAUGACCAAACGAAGUGUGAACAACAUUGCGCUACAAGUGUAUGCCCCGCUGUUUGCAAACAUAAGCCAGGCAAGCUACCAGAAUGUACCUGCCCGGCAGGAUAUAUACUUGACUCUUCGGAGGAAUCGUUAUGCUUAAUUUUUAACGACGCAGACAGCACCUUCAUGGAUAACACGUCGACUCCCUUUUUCACUCAGGAUAUCAGAAGCAGCUCACCUUUCCUAAAGCUUAAGCCAAACUUCCUGACACUCCCUUUGUUCUCCAUAGUAGCUAUUGUUUUUUUCUAACAUAAUUCGUAGAAUAUUCGUGUUGGAUUGACUUAUACCUUUGUUUAGAACGUUUAAAUAUAGAACCCGUUAUUAUUUGGCUUUUUAUUGCUUACAUCGAUUAUGAUGUAUAUGUUGAUAUCUUCCAGUCUAUCGAGAUCUUCUCACUACAAUCAAAGUUACUUAGUUUGGAGAAAUCGCCUAAUCACGGGCAAUUACUGACUGCUACAGAAUGAUAAGUGGCCCUCAGCGUUGGACUUCUGCGUAAAUACUGUCUGGUUCUACAUUUCAGUAUAUGUAUAUUGUUUUGUAUAUUUAGUGUCUGUCCUGUGCUGCCUUACACAGUCUUACUUUUGUGUAAAAGUUGGGAUUUUGUUGUAAUCUCUGUAUGUUAUCUAAGUGCUCUUGUCCUGUUAUGUCUGGACAUUGAGCCUGGAUAUACGCAAUUUCGUUCAGCUAUGCAUCCGUUGUUGUACUGUUGUGAAUGACAAUAAAGUUCACUUACUUACUUUAUUAGGGCUUAAUAGUCUGACAUUGAUUCCUUGACAGUUUUAUGCUUGUGAUGCAUCAUUUGGCUAACCUGAAUGCUGCUAUGGUCUGCUAAAAAUAAAUGUAACUGUAAUCCUAA